GCAGCCAUCCCUCCGUUUAUCAUGAACACUUUGGAAAAGAAAGCCUUUUUGAAGAGGUUCCCGUGGAUGAGUGCACCUAUUCAAGUUGGAUUGGUUGGCUUCUGUUUGGUAUUUGCCACCCCCCUAUGUUGUGCUCUGUUUCCUCAGAAAAGUUCCAUGUCUGUGACCAGCCUGGAGGCCGAGUUGCAAGCUCAGAUCCGAGAGGCCCAUCCUGAAUUGCGUCGUGUGUACUUUAACAAGGGAUUGUAAAGCAGGGCAGGAGACCAGGUGGCCGCGCUGGGGAGAAAGAGCCUGUCCGACCCGAGUUCUCCCGCUCACAAAACCCUUUUAAAGACCCACAUUAGCCUUUUAGAAUAAAGCUGCUACUUACACCCCAACACCCGGUGUGGGCCAGGUGCCCGACACCUGCUGAUGCCCCCACCUACAUUAGAAUCAAGUUAGGAUUUGCAGAAAUACCCUUCCAGUGGCUUUUAUAGUCAUUGGGUUUCAAAGACAAUAUACCAGCCCUCCCUCGAGGUUUUAAAAAGACCCUGCUGGAAAUAGAAUAGGUGCUCAGUAUAUGGUCAGUAAAUAUUUCUAUGUUAUCAAUCAGUGAAAAGAGAAUCCACUUAAAAUAUUGAAUUUUCAUCUCACUCCUGUCGCAAAUCAAGAAGAUCUCAGCAGCGAAUUGGGAAAAUACAGAAGCUCUGAGGCUAACCUGUAAGAACUUACCCUUAAAUGUUAAGGGUGGUUUGCUUCCAGUCUGGACAGUGGACAGACCCACGGUGUGUGAUGGAGUUUUUAAAUCUGAGGAUAAAAGCCCCUUCGUAUACCUUCCAGAGGGCACCACCAUACACGCCUUCUCUGCUGCCAGAAAUAUAUACAUUCGUGUUAGGGGUGGGUUUCCUUGGGAGAAGGUUUACAUUCUUAUAAAGAUGUUAAUCUUACCUUGCAGUUAUUAACUUUAUAUUCCAUUAUUUACAUCAAAUAUCAGGUAGCUGAAAUGUACAAAUGUCAGAUUCUGGAAGUACAUUCAAUACCAAUGCCGUAUGACUGGGCUGAAUCUGGCUUGUCAGAUUAUUUUUUUAAGAAGUGAGACUACAGUUCCAGCUGCUUAUGUGUCUUUCCUCAUCACCCUUAUAGAUGUCUUUGGCUUUCAGAAAGAUACAGAUAAUAUAUGUAUGAAUCGGUCACAGUGAAUUUUACUUGAAUAUUGUAUAGUGCAUUCCACCCUGUUUGAAAAUAAUGAAACUAUGUACCACUGUUUACAUCACUUGUAGUAAUUUCACAGGUAAUAUAUUUACUAUAACAAAGAUUGUACUUAAGUCUGUAGAUGUUUUAACGUCACACAAUCGGCCCUCCUUAUCCAUGGGUUCCACGUCUGUGAAUUCAACCAACUGCAGACCGAGAAUAUUUUUUUUAAUGAUAAUGCAACAGUGAAAAAUAAUACAAAUUUAAAAAUUGAUACAGCCUAACAACUAUUGACACAGCACUUAAGAUUGCAUUAGAUAUUAUAUGAUUGAAGGUAUAUAGUGUGUGUGUGUGUGUGUUAUAUGCAAAUCCUGCACUGUCUUAUAUAAGGGACUUGGGCAUCUGUGGCUAUUAGUAUCAGAGGGAGUCCUGGAACCAAUUCCCCUUGGAUACAGAGGGACGACUGGGAGGCGAUGAUUUCACGGAGUAGAGAUCAUUGUAACUCAGAGAUUUGUAAGUGAAAAAAUAUAGAAACAAUUUAGUUUUGACAGAUUUGUGUGUGUGUUUUCUGACAAUGUGACCAGACUGAAUUUCCUCAUAAAGAAAAAAUGGUG